AUGACACAUUUAUAUUGUCAACGAUAUUUCACUAUAACAAGAGAAAAUGCAAUCGCAGAUUUUAAAACAUAUAAAUGGAUAAUAAAUUUACCAUGGGAAUUUAUUACAUCAGAAAAUUAUCCUAAAACAAUAGAAGUAAUGAAUUUUGUAUAUUUUAAUUUGAAUGGGCAAUUAGAUAUUGGAGUUAGUUGUCAUGCUUCAUUUAAUUAUGAUUCACCAGAAAAUGAUCAAAUGAUAUGUUUUUCAACAUAUGGAAAUAUGACACCAAAACAUUUCAAUAUUAAUAAAAAUAUAACAAGAAUAGAAAUAUGGUUUAAAGAUUAUAAAGGAAAGAGUAUUUUCCCAGUUGGACUUUGGGAUGAAUAUUUUAUCUUAGAACUUAAUUUACAUUAUUAA